AUGGCCGAUCUGCAGAAGGUGUCGGGGCUUCCGGUCAAUGUGGACAGAUGUAUGGACUUCGCACUCGUUAAACGCCUGUUGUCCGCGUUUCAGCGCUCCCUGAAGCCAAUGAUAGAGAAGAAGAGGAGAGACCGAAUAAACCAGAGUCUGGACGAGCUAAGGACGCUUCUCCUGAGCCACACGCUGGACACGAGGCUGCAGAACCCAAAGCUGGAGAAAGCUGAGAUCCUGGAGCUCACAGUGGAGUACAUCAGGAACAAAGCCAACAGAGACACAGCCUGCCAUAGCCCAGACGCGGGGCUCCAGGCUCAGUGUGGUGAUGUGGGGCCCCAUGUGGAGGCGGCCCCUGGGGGCCCCAGCAGCCUGUACUCAGCCGGCUUCCAGCAGUGCAUGUCACGCCUCAGCAGCUUCAUGGACGGCGUUAACCCCGCCCAGCGACGGAGCCUCGCCCGCGGGCUGCAGCCCUGCCUGGGCCCAGCCAGCCCGCCCUACCCGGGGCUCCUGCCCGAAAACGAGCCCCAGUCCUACCCUGUCUUCCUGCACCACCCCUACCCCUCCCCCCCCUACUCCCUGUCUCCCCCGCCCUCCCCCUGCUACACCAACGCCUCUCCCAACUUCCUGUCUGCCACGGGUCACUUCCUGUUCCCCCCCAGCACUGACUCCUCCCCCUCCUCCUCACCCCUGCCCCUCCCAGCCCUCUGCCCCGCCUUCCCUGUACAUGUGGCCCCGCCCCCUCCAUCGCCGGCCCCGCCCACCCCUCACCGGCCCUCCGCACUUCCCUCUCCCACCAGGAGGGGGCAGCAGGGAGCCCUGAGGCGGGAGCUGUUUCCCCUCCCUGCCGACAGCGUGUGGAGGCCCUGGUCCUGA